AUGGCAACUGAACCUAAUCUGUAUACGCCUAAGAAGAUCCUGAUAACAGGUGCAGCCGGCUUCAUUGCCUCCCAUGUAACCAACCGGCUGAUACGUAACUACCCCGAUUACAAGAUUGUGGCCCUCGACAAGCUCGACUACUGCUCAAGCCUCAAGAACCUGUGUCCUUGUUAUUCUUCGCCGAAUUUCAAGUUUGUGAUGGCUGAUAUUUUAAGUGCAGAUCUUAUAAAUUACCUCUUGGUUUCAGAAGAUAUCGACACGAUAAUGCACUUUGCAGCCCAAACCCAUGUUGAUAAUUCAUUUGGAAAUUCUUUUGAAUUUACCAACAAUAAUAUUUACGGCACUCAUGUACUUUUAGAAGCGUGCAAGGUGACUCAGAGAAUCAAGAGAUUCAUACAUGUUAGUACAGAUGAGGUUUAUGGAGAGACUGAUUUGGAGACUGAUAUUGGCAACGCUGAGGCUUCUCAACUCCUUCCCACCAAUCCAUAUUCUGCCACAAAAGCUGGAGCAGAAAUGCUGGUCAUGGCAUACCACCGCUCUUAUGGCCUCCCUACCAUCACAACUCGAGGAAAUAAUGUAUAUGGCCCAAAUCAAUUCCCCGAAAAACUGAUCCCAAAAAUCAUUCUUCUUGCCAUGAAGGGUGAGAAUUUGCCAAUUCAUGGAGAUGGGUCAAAUGUGAGAAGCUUUCUAUAUUCCGAGGAUGUUGCUGAGGCGUUUGAUGUGGUACUCCAUAGAGGCGUUAUCGGACAUGUAUACAACAUUGGCACUAAGAAGGAGAGGCAAGUCAUAGACGUGGCUAAGGACAUCUGCAAACUAUUUGGGUUGAAUUCAAAUGAAUCUAUACGGUUUGUACAUGAUAGACCUUUUAAUGACAAAAGAUACUUCUUGGAUGAUCAAAAGUUAAAAAAAUUGGGGUGGGAAGAAAGGACUCCGUGGAAGGAGGGGCUAAGGAUGACCAUGGAAUGGUACACGAAAAACCCUGAUUGGUGGGGAGAUAUAAGUGCAGCCCUUCACCCUCAUCCCCGAAAUUCGAUGGUUGUGCAUUCAAUUGACGAUGCGUGUGUCUUACAGAGUGCAAUUGGAAGUCAGAAAAAAGGUAUCUCGGAUAUGAAAAUUUUGAUAUAUGGAAGAACUGGAUGGAUUGGAGGCUUGUUAGGGAAAAUCUGUGAAGAGAGAGAGAUAAUAUAUGAAUAUGGGAAAGGAAGGCUGCAAGACAGGGAGUCACUCCUGGAGGACAUAAGGAGAGUACAACCAACCCAUGUGUUUAAUGCAGCUGGGGUUACUGGAAAGCCUAAUUUGGACUGGUGCGAGUCGCAUAAGGUUGAAACAAUUGGAACUAAUGUUGUUGGAACGCUAAAUUUGGCUGAUGUUUGCCGGGAGCAAGGUCUCUUGAUGAUGAAUUUUGCUACAGAGUGCAUAUUUGAGUAUGAUGAGGACCAUACAGAAGAAUCAGGUAUUGGAUUCAAGGAGGAGGACAUGCCAAAUUUCACAGGGUCUUUCUAUUCCAAAACAAAGGCCAUGGUGGAGCAGCUUGUUAAAGCAUAUGACAUUGUGUGCACUCUCAGAAUCCGAAUGCCAAUAUCAUCCGAUCUAAACAACCCUUGGAACUUCAUCACAAAAAUCACCCAUUACAACAAAUUGGUGAACAUACCAAACAGCAUGACUGUACUAGAUGAGCUCUUGCCCAUUUCCAUUGAGAUGGCAAAGAGAAAUUGCAGAGGAAUAUGGAACUUCACCAAUCCAGGAGUUAUCAGUCACAAUGAGAUCCUGGAGAUGUACAGGAACUACAUCGACCCUGAAUUCAAGUGGGAAAACUUUGAUUUGGAAGAACAAGCCAAAGUGAUCAUAGCACCGAGGAGCAACAAUGAGUUGGAUGCUACGAAGUUGAAGAAUGAAUUCCCUGACUUGUUAUCAAUCAAAGAUUCGAUCAUCAAGAUAAUCAUCAUUGAUGUGGUUCUGAGAGCUGCUAAUUGCAAAGGAAGUCUAAACCCUGAUAGAAUAGAGAACUCAAUCAUUAGUGGUUUUCACUUUGAGUUACCAAUGAGUGAGAUCCUAUGUGGUCAAUACCUCGGUAUCUUGGGGUGGUCACUGUUGAGGAAGUGA